AAAUUCUAUUCUUACUCUGCUACGACUCGAUCGAUGUCAUGUCAAACAUCCGUUAGAUACUAGACCUAAGCUAACCUGACUCCAUGGCCAGGCACACUUCAAACACCCCCGCCUGCAAGCAGCAGCGCGCAGUACUUGGGGGAAACCAGCGCCCAUGAUCGAUCGCACUCGAGAAUAGGAUCUCAACAACCCCGAUCUCCUUUACUCGGUCCAGAACGUGGCCGACAGCGUCCUAGGAAGCCUGCUAUGCCUCGUAGAGCUUCGUCCAACACACUGGCUCCCCACCGUGGUGAGGUCUUCUCGACAGACGACGACGUGACCGAAGUGGAAAGCGACACCAUCGGACGACAGAACUUCUCCCCCAUGCCGCCGUAUAACAACGAAGCAGGGAGACCGUCUUCCACGCUAAGACGACGAAGCAUGGCGCCGCCAGCGCUGUCUCGGGUGCAUUCGAGUCGCAGUACUGCUCCGGAUGACGAGGGUAUUGAUGAGGUGGUAGAAGAAGAGCACGAAGAAGACUUGCCAUCGCAACCACAUGAAGAGGAUGUUUUGCAAGACGCACCCCCCGAUUCUGGCAUUCUUGACGAUGAAGACGACGAUAUCAGUGACGCUGAGAGCUUUACCUUGAAGGAUCGUCAGCAAGCCAUCAACGAGACACAUCCAUUUGGUAUCAGGAUAUGGAAGCCCGCGUUGUACAAGAAAGACCGAUCCGUUCAGAAGACUGCUGAGGGCGAUAUCCAUUCAUCUCCUGGAGGUCGAGUUAGUAGCUGGUUGCUGUUCUUCAAUCUCAUCUGGACCUUGGCCUUUGGCUGGUGGAUGGCUCUAUUUGCUGCGCUCGGUGCUACGGCAUGCUUCAUCUUCGCAGCAGCUCCUAGUGGUAGGGAAUACGGUCGCGUAUUAUGGGGCUUGGCCGGCUACUUAUUUUAUCCCUUUGGAAAGUUCGUACGACUUGAACAGGAUGAAGCAUAUCUAGACGAAGAUGAAGGAGAAGGUCGAAGUAUUAGCGAGUACGAACAGUGGCAAAGCGGCGACUUAGAAUAUGGGCGGUUGUUCUUUGGCCCCGAACGAAACCGCUCUAUCAUCGGCCGAUCAAGAAGAAGCAUCGACUCUGAGCCUAGCGAGACAGAUAGUCUACUCCCUCGUUCCGGUCGUCACGAUCACUCAAGCGACCAGGGACGACGCCUAAAGAGGCGUUUAUUCGGUCGAGGACAAUGGAACAUCGGCCGUGUCAUCUUUUUCAUCUUCUUCUGGGGUCUAAUCACCCCUUCCCUGCUCAUCGUAUCUGCCAUAUGUUGGUUUCUGGUCUUCUGGAUUCCGAUGGGUAAAGUCACGAACCUCUUAUUUGAUCAUCUUAGAAGGCAUCCAUUGGCUUUAUCCUUUGAGUCCGACAUCAUCAUCGCCAGGACAGUUGAUGGUCCACAUUCAUCUAUUCUACUGUGCACGUACAGGGCUGUGGGUUCCAAGUAUUGGAAGUAUACUAUCGAUGGUACAAACAUCUUCCUCAUCAACUUAAUGGCCGUCGUCAUUUUCGUUAUUUUUGACUGGCUAGUGCUAGAUGGUGUUCUCCAUCUUAACAAUUUCUUGACGUCCCCAGGCUUCCUGUUCGUAGCUGGCCUAUUCUCCAUCAUUCCCCUAGCAUACUUCAUCGGCCAAGCCGUCGCCUCCAUCUCCGCUCAGUCUUCCAUGGGACUUGGUGCCGCUAUCAACGCCUUUUUCUCAACUAUUGUGGAGGUCUUCCUCUAUUGUGUGGCACUUAAAGACGGCAAAGGUCAACUUGUUGAAGGAAGUAUAAUUGGAAGUAUUUUUGCGGGUAUUCUCUUUUUGCCUGGAUUAUCUAUGUGCUUCGGCGCUAUCAAGCGCAAGACUCAACGCUUCAACGCCAGAUCCGCUGGUGUCACCUCGACUAUGCUUAUAUUCGCUACUGUCGCCGCAUUUGGUCCAACGCUAUUCUACCAAAUUUAUGGUACUCACGAACUUCGAUGCCAAAGCUGCACUGACUUCAUGGGCUCUAAGGAAAGAGAUUGUCGCCGUUGCUACUACUCACAAGUACCCGCCCUCGACGAUCGUUUCUACAUCGAGGCUGUGCGUCCGUUCUGCUACGUGGCCGCUAUCUGUCUGUUCUUCUCAUAUGUCAUCGGUCUAUGGUUCACUCUGAGGACUCAUGCCGCGGUGAUUUGGAAUACUGAGAUUGAUGAGAAGAAACAUGAAGAGUCCCAGCAACAAGCAUCCCGCCUAGCUGAAGCACGUAACCUUGCCGACUCGACCGGAGCCGACAUUCGAGAUAGCAACCUUUACAAGCGCAUUCUGGGACAGUCACUGAGACAGGUUGGUUUAGAAGAGAGUCGCCACCACUCACGUCAAACGUCGGAGGCAUUCGCAAUAAACGGCGGCAUUCAAACCCCGCACAUGGUUCCACCAAAGGGCAAUAUGGGUGUGUUAGACAGCAUUCGUUCCACCGUCCACAUUCCGGGUUUCUCCGAUGCAGAGAAUAGUAGCCUAGUUCGUAGUGUCACUGAAGUAGCUGCUACUGCCGCCGCUAUUGCAGCUCGAGAUGCACGAGGACCUCGCCGUCUUUCUACCCAGCCUUCGAACGCAGGAGCCAGCACUUCGGCGGCCCGACCCACACCCGUUCGCUCCGCUACCUUCCCUGACCUUGAAGAUGUUGAACAUGCUCAAGCAGGUCAUGGCGGACACGAUGCUCCGAAUUGGAGUCGGACGAAGAGUUCAGUUAUUCUGAUGGGCGCUACCGUUCUAUAUGCCAUUGUUGCCGAGAUCCUAGUCGACACGGUCGACGUGGUACUAGACAAUUACGCCAUCGAUCAGAAAUUCUUAGGUAUCACCUUGUUCGCUCUGGUACCCAAUACUACAGAGUUUUUGAAUGCCGUGUCUUUCGCUAUGAACGGAAACAUCGCCUUGUCCAUGGAAAUUGGUUCUGCGUAUGCACUACAAGUUUGCCUCCUUCAGAUUCCCGCGCUGGUUCUCUUCUCGGCAGUCUAUCCUCUGCAGCCUGUGGGCGAUCUAGAUCCUACGCACUGGACAUUCAGUCUCCUAUUCCCACAGUGGGAUAUGGUUACUGUGAUCCUAUGUGUGUUCCUGCUAAGCUACAUGUAUGGCGAAGGGAAGAGCAACUACUUCAAGGGCAGCAUUUUGAUCUUAACGUACCUAGUGGUCGUCAUCGGGUUCUACUUUUCUAGUUACACGGAUGCUCAGAUGGGCCAAUCAGGCGUGAGCCGAUUUGAUACUCUUGGAGCCGACGGCACGUGGAAUUCCUACAACACGAUUGGACGAAGGAACAGUGGACGAGCAUACGAACCGGGUGUGGAUUUUUGAUAAGUUGGUCACGGCCGCCUGUCGGUUUCUAGGCUGAUUGGCUCCCUCUCCUUUUUUUGUGAUGUGAUUCCGAUGUUUGAAGUCGUGGUCGCUGCUUAAUUAUGAUAUCCUGAUACCUUUUUGCGUCUUUAUGGUGUAGUUGGUCGGUCAGUCAGUCAGGUGUAUGAGUAUUGUUGUCGUCGUUGGGCUUUAUUUUUGUUUUCCCAAAGAGGUGGUCUCGUUUUAACUGUUCAAGAGCAUAUGGGCAUGGCGGGGUGGAGUAGGUAUAUAGGCAUACAGGCAUCCUUAAUAGAAACCUAAACCGAAGGAUAGGUUGAUUUUCUCAAGUCGAUGGUUCAUAUGCAUGAUUGCAAUGGUGAUGUUUGUUUUGUAAGUGUGCUUAUCAUGAUUGUAUCGUAGGUGUCGUGGUCUAUUGUUCGUUUUGAGGAUCUCGAAGGCGUUGAACGAUACCUAGGUACUGAAGAAACAUGGCAAGCAGAUAGUACGAUAUACCAUAUAUCUAUUUCAAUGCAAGAAAAAUA